AUGUCUAGAUCUCUUCCUUCUCUAAUCGCAGCUUCGCCACUCGAGGCAGCUCCUACCGUCGCUUCCAUACCAAGUUCGCUUCCAGGCGCGCUUCAAAAAGACGUCCCUCUUUGCGCACAGGCAUGUCUACAAGCUUCGCUGGUCGAACGCUUCCCGGUAGCAUGCACUGUUCAAGAGAAUAUCGAAUGUCUUUGCUCGCGUUAUAGUAAUAUGGGAGAGUCACUGGGUGAAGUGGCUCUGGGUUGUAUAUAUUCAUCCUGCUCUACGGUUGAUCGAAGCGCCACGUCCGCGUACAACGUCUGCCUUGGACAAGAGCACGCCGUCAUGCCAACCAAGACAGCCCUUACAGUCGUUACUAGCAGUACGCCUCGCGCCAUGUCGACAUCGUUUUCUAGUUCACUCGCAACAAUCACUUCGAUAGCUACAUCAACUCUGCGAACUCAAGUACGGUCAACGCAAUCCAUCUUCGUGGACUCUAUAUCAGUCACUCCAUCUGCUACUUCUUCGGCAUCUCCGACUGCAGCUGCAGCGGCAAUUGCCAAGGAAGCCCCACCGAGGAUGACACCAGCUCAAAUCGCUGGCUUGUCGGUGGCUGCUGUGGCUACUUUCGUCAUGGCUAUCGGCCUCAUGUGUCUCAGUGUGUGCUUACGGAGACGAAAAGAAAAAAAGUUUGUCAUGGACCCAAACGAGAAGGGACAAUACCUCCGACAGCAGGUCGGACGAUUCUCAGACUACGAUUCGGUGGAGGAUAUUCGAGAACCACCUAGACAGUUCCCAAUGGCACCGCCAAAGAGUCAUCUGGCCGGCCUGAAACCUGCUCGUCCCGUACAACGUCUUGGUGUCGGAACCUCGAACAAAUCGUCAGAGUCAAUACUACCACUCGAUCAGAUUGGCCUGGCUAUAAGUGCUGAGUUGGAUGGAAAGCCUGCAGGGCCUGAUAACGCUGCCCUUGCCGUGGCGAAGCAACAGACAACUGUUGCCAGCCAGCCAGAUUCCUAUAUUCCCUUCCGGCCUGUCAGUACGCUCACGCAAAACACUGUCUUUGAAGAGGAUGAUGCUCCGGCGCGUCGAAGGUCAUCAAUGUUGCUGCCAACGCCACCCGUUCCGAUCCCGCCAAUUCGAAAUUUCCGGCCCUCAAGACCGCCGCCUACACUCAUUUCAGACAGUCGUCAAACAUCACGAAGGUCAGAGCUUUUCCUAGAUAUCCCCGUUCGUCACGAUAGGCCCCAGCCCAAGCGCAUCAUCACCGCGGAGAUGCCUGCGAAUCGUACGCCAAAACAUCGACCAUUGCCGCACACGCAUCGUUUAGCACCGCCAAUCCAGAUGGCUUCGUCCUCAUCCUUGGAGUCCACAGCGACUACCGCGAGCUCACGUGAUGCUGGAAACACUGGAGACAUACUAGAUUACUACCUUACGACGCGUGAAUCGCCCGCACCGCGAGCUACUCCUGCGCAUUCUAUCCGUCCUAAAGAUGCAUCCAAAACCGUCCAAGUCAGGCCGAAGAAGUCUCUGAGCACAGUCUCGCGCACGACAUCCCGAUCGACAAACAUUCGCGAUUCGCUAUCCUCACAGACCUCUUUCGAAACGACGGACGGAAGCGAUCCCACUCCCGAAGAUGAGGAUGACGACAAACAGCUGUCGGACGACAACAAGCAGUUAUCUCCUGUGGCCGAAUCACCAAUCUCCCACCUUCGAUAUCCCAAGGUGCCCAGGGCAUCGAACCAGCUCGUCCCGCGCAGCCCUCGGAGCCCGCCAAACCACAAAAGCCCGAAUCGACCCCAGAAGAGUCCUCGACGAGUGCCAGAGCCCGCAACACGGCAUCACGACCUCCCGCCCCUCCUCCUGGAAACGCGUCCCCGCCUCAACAGCCCACAUCGAGACCCAUUCACCAGCCCGCCGCGAAAAGCCAAUCCUCGAAGCCAUACGCGGAGUAACAGCACGGAGAGCUGGGAGGCCACUCCCGCCUCCAAGAUCGAUCGCAAAAGCAAAGUGCAAAGCGGCGUGUGGGCGAAGAGCCCGAUGAUGUACGAGCCAGCCGCGGUAAAGCCGCUCAAGGUACGGCGACGACGGGACGAGAUGAUGGAGGUCAAUGUAGGGAGAGACGUCGACGUGGAUGCCGAGGGGAUGAAGAGUCCAGUUUGGGUUCCAAGAUUGACGCCUACGCGCAAGGGCGAGGAUCUGUUCAUCUCGGUUGGAUGGGGAGCGAGCGCGCGAUGA